AAAUCCCGCACUUCUCACUCCUCUGCGAAAGCACUCGUCAAAACCAUUCUUGCUCACCCUGACACAUAUCCAAUCCCAGAUGACGACGAUGAUAUCCGUCAGUCCCUGGUCGAGUUAGCCCAGUACGCGAAAGAGCUUGAGCAGAGAGUAAAGGCUGGUUCCGCGCCCAAAGUUAUGAGUGCGGAUCAGGUUGCCGCGGCUGUCGAGAAGAUCAGAAAGGCUGCCAACAGUGGUAUCAAGAAACAGAUGACCGUAGGUUUCCUCGAUCAUUCUCAUCUGUCAACCUGUCAUAAACGUGAAUUACAGUGGAAACCAUCGUGCAAGGCUGGCACUGCCAAGUGGUCCUACGAUGGCGUUUGCGCUGAUCCCGUUGUCUUUGGUACUGUGCUAGGCCUUGGCGGUCCACCAACGUGGAAAAUGCACAAGAUGCCCAUUGAUGACUUUGAAAAACGCAUUGGUCGCCUCGACGCAUCUGCCAGGUUUGCCUCAUUAAUUAUUCUCUUUUUAAGCAUGACUUGUCAGCACGUAAACAUGCGCUGGAGCGAUAGUGGAGAGUUCAAGUUUAAUGGAACGUAUGGCGCAUAG